AUUGACUACAUAAUGAUGUCUGGAGAUUUUAUCAACCACUUCGAUUGGUCAUAUACCGUGGAUGAGCACGUUACAGCUUUAAGAAAUUUGAGUUCUCUUAUUCGUCAGUACUUCCCUACAACACCUACCUAUUGGGCUAUUGGAAACCACGAAGGAGUCCCUGUCAAUAGCUUCGCUCCACACUUUGUCGACGAGCGGUUCUGGCCGAUAUGGCUUUACGAAGAAUUUGCUAAGAUGAGCAAUCCAUGGAUCACAUCGGAAGCUUCGAAAGCUCUAGUUACUUUGGAAGGACAUUUCAGUCGUGGAUCGUAUUCAGUCCAAGUAAUAGAAGGGCUUCGGCUAAUCUCGCUCAACUCAGGAUUUUGCGAAACAACAAAUUUUUUCUUAUAUCUGAAUCAGAGUGAUCCGGAUGGGACGAUGACAUGGUUAGCUGCCGAGUUAUUCAAGGCAGAAGUCGCCGGAGACUCUGUACACAUAUUGUCACAUAUUCCACCCGGAGAUGGAGAAUGCCUGGAAGGCUGGGCUCGCAAUUAUUAUAAGAUCGUUCAGAGAUUUGCCGAUAUCAUCACAGCACAGUUUUUUGGACACAAUCAUGCUGACUACUUUACCAUUUUCUAUGAAGAUAUGCAUGAUACUUCAUCUGCUCCCGUUGGAGUUUUGUAUGCAACACCUAGCGCGACGACUUUUGCCGACAUGAAUCCAGCGUAUCGCAUUUACGACAUAGACUUUACGGAUAAGUUUGUAAGUAUAGUUUUACAUAAUUAGGU